AUGUCGCCAUCCAAGGUGACAUCGUCGGACACGUCCGGAAUCAUGAAGCAGCCUGCAUCGCCCAGCUCGUUUCUUGGCAUGAACAACCAGACGGCAUCGCCUAAAUCCGUCACAAUUGCGCCACAUGCAGAGACCAUCUCGCCGCUUCUUCUUGGCAGACGCAAGAGUGUGGAGGAGCUGAACCUCACAAAUGGCGAACUCAAGAAACCGCAGGUGAAGAAUGCGAGAGAUCGGAAGCUCUCUAGGAGAUCCACUCUCACCAGCCCAUCUCUGAGACCUAUGCCAGCGUCCAUGGAUGGAGCGUACCAAUCUCACGAUGCUGACACGACCGAAGGUGACGAAUUUGAGUCGCUUGUUGAGCAGGUUUCCAACUGGAUCAAAGAGAAGAGGGCCAAGCGACACAUGCGCAAAACUGGCCACCAUUCACUCCAUCUCCAUCGCCAUCGUGAUAAUGACAGUGAGCCAACGAGCCCAAAAUCAAAGUCUCUUGAUGAUGCAGCGGAACCCAAGCAGAGGCGUGGCUCCAACGCAUCGGACGAAUCUGUUGACCUGGAGAAUCUGGAGCGCAUCGUCAAGCACACUCUCAGCUUGAGGCGUUCUUCCACUCGCAAGACACCCAGCUUGAAGCAUAGGGGAUCCGUCCGCAAACUGCUUAGAAAGCAGUCCAGCGCAUCUGAUACCGAAUAUCUCGAUGGUGACGUGCUGGUUCCUUCAUGUGAUGCUAUUCUUGACAACUCAAAGACAUUGGCCUACACUGGAGGAGCGUCUGAUAUAUCAGAUGAAUCGGAUACGGAGGACCUUAAACGGACCCGCUCCUAUCGUGACGGUGAUGCAUGGUCUCGCUUCAAGUUCGAAAUCGUGCGCUUGUCCCACACACUUCGCCUCAAAGGUUGGCGAAAGGUGCCCAUGGAGAUGUCUGGGUCGAUCGAAGUUCAACGCUUGAGUGGUGCAUUGACGAAUGCUGUGUACGUUGUGUCGCCUCCCGCGCACUUGCCACUCGAGAAGAAGGACAACGCAGGCAAUGUCUCGUACAGCAAGCCGCCUCCAAAGCUGUUGCUUCGUAUCUACGGCCCUCAGGUUGAGCAUUUGAUCGAUCGAGAGUCGGAACUUGCCAUCCUCCAACGUCUUGCUCGCAAGCGCAUCGGACCUCGUUUACUCGGAACAUUUGCCAAUGGACGAUUCGAGGAGUUCUUCCAUGCAGAGACACUGACCCCAGAAGACCUCAGAGAUCCAAGCACAAGCCGACAGAUCGCUAAGAGGAUGCGGGAGCUGCACGAUGGGAUCGAACUUCUUGAUCAGGAGCGCAACGAUGGCGCAUUCGUCUGGCGCAACUGGGACAAGUGGCUUCAGCGCGUCGAACAGAUUGUCACCUGGAUGGAUGCACAGGUCGCAACAUUGCAACCGGGUGUCAAACCGACAGGGUCCAAAGCAUGGAUGCGGCGCGGUCUCAUCUGUGGCGUGCCUUGGGAAACUUUCAAAUCGGUCGUCGAACAGUACCGGAACUGGCUCAAGGCGCAAUGUGGUGGCUCCAAGGAGCUUCGCGAGCAGCUGGUCUUCGCUCACAAUGACACCCAGUACGGGAACAUUCUCAGGCUGGUACCUGCAGGCGAGUCACCUUUGCUGCUGCCCGCCAACACGCACAAGCAGCUUGUGGUGAUUGAUUUUGAAUACGCUAGCGCCAACACGCCAGGCCUGGAAUUUGCAAACCACUUUACCGAGUGGUGCUACAWCUACCACGACAAGCGCAAGCCGUAUGCGUUCAAUGCGAACCGCUACCCCACGCCAGAGGAGCAAGAACGCUUCAUCAGGGCAUAUGUCAGGCAUCGGUCACAGUUCAACGCAGCUGACAACACACCACGAAUGACACCAACCGUACCUGGUGCGGUACCAUCGGACCUGAGCAGAACGGCAGCCGGACGAUCCACAACUAGCAUUUCGGAUUUCAUGCUCGACGCUCGAGCUCCUCAGACGCCAACAUUCACGAGCCAAGAAGUGGCUGCUAAAGCAGCGGAAGACGCCGAAGUCAAGCAUCUAAUGCAUGAGACCAGGAUCUGGAGACUCGCCAACACAGCUCAAUGGAUUGCAUGGGGUAUCGUUCAGGCCAAAGUUCCGGGAAUGCCAGAGUUUGACCCCGACUCGCCCAUGUCCACAACGCCACUAACAGAGGCAUCUGGCGACGUUGCACACGAUGCAUUUCAACAGAGUGGGCUGGCCGACCAGGAGACCGACGAGACCGCGGAGCAGGAUGAGGAGUUUGAUUAUCUGGGUUAUGCCCAGCAUCGAGCCAUGUUCUUUUGGGGCGAUGCUUUGCAGCUUGGGUUGGUGAAGGCGGAGGAUCUACCAGAGGAUACCAGGGCUAAAGUCAAGAGUGUGGUAUAUUGA